CUUAAUGGGGGAAUGUCCAACUCCAGACAGCCAGCUCGGAAGUAUAGGAACCAACUCUACAGUUUCGGUCAAUAUAUCAUCAUUUUUUGAAAUACCUCCAGAACUUCAAAACUCUUCUAAUGAGAACGUGGAAAAAUUAAAAUUCAUCGCCUAUGGCGUAGUGAGCUCAAUCAUUAUUGCCCUUGGAAUUCUAGGAAAUUUCAUAAACUUAGCCGUUCUUACUAGACCCAACCUCAAAGGAGUUACGUUUGUUUACCUAACAUGGCUAGCCAUAUCUGAUCUCAUGUCUCUUGUGGUGAGUUUGAGUUCCAUGUUUAGACUUCACGGUAUGCAACCAAGGACGUACACUGCAGCUGUAUACUAUUCACAUAUUGAAAUGCCACUUGUGAAUGCCUUCAUGGCAAGCAGUGUGUUCUUAGUUGUAGCUUUAACGAUUGAUAGGUAUUUCUCUGUGUGCUUACCAACGAGAUUUAAAGAAGUGCAUAAUACACAACGGGCCAAACGCUCAAUAACAGCAGCUUAUAUUUCAGCGUUCGUUUUGUAUAUACCGGUAUGUUUUCAGAAGAAACCAGUGGCCGUGCAAUUGCCAUUCAGCAGGAAAAUUGAAUAUAUAUCAUGUGAGUAUAUACCAGUGACAUCGCAUACUGUUUUUAAAGUGUACCUCAUGGUAAAAGAAGUGAUUGUUCGACUAGGUCCUGUCUUGUUAUUAGCAAUUUUGAAUACUACCAUCAUAGUGACUUUCAGAAAAACACUCAAAAAACGAAGAGAGAUGCUCAAUAUGUCUACAUCAAACUCUGCCGCACAACAGCAUAGGGAUGGAAACAAGAAAUACAGAGAAGAGCAAAGACUCAUCAUAUUGUUAGCUGGCAUUGUGAUACUUUUCUUUAUCACCAUGACACCUGCGGCUAUUUUAACGAUACUUAAUAGCGAUGAUAAAGAAUUUAACUUUGGUUUUCAGCUAUUCAGGGCUAUCGCUAAUGUUUUAGAGCUGUCGAAUUACGCAAUGAACUUUUAUGUCUAUUGCAUGUGCAGUUCCGAAAUUCGGAGAACUUUCAUAGCGUUAGCAACCUGCACAAAACCUAAUUUAAAUACGAGUUCUGCUAGUAGCAAGCCAUCACUGGAAAGUAAUAAUAAAUACUAAUUACUAAAAAUUGUACAUCAUUUAAAUAAAUGUUAUUAUUUUAUUUCGAAUAUGUAACAGAUG